UCCAAAAUUCUUGGAACAAAAUUGGUGAUCCACUGCAACCCCAGUCUUCCUCUGCUUGCAACUUUGACUCAAAAAUGGCAUAGCCAUUGCAAUUAUAUGAAAGCUUAUACUAAUAAUGGUACACAAGAAACCCGGCCCAAGAUGCCAAACCAAACCAGAAUAUCAUCACCAAGCUCACGACUUGGCAGAAGAAUUUGCGCUACCAACACGUAAGGCGCAAGUUAGCUUCUGGCCCCAUCACACACAACUACACAACAACAUAUAAACACACUUGAGAUAACGCCGAGGCUUCUCUCUCUCUCUAAACUUACUCUGUCAUCCCUUACCUUGUACCCUCUUCCUUUCUCUCUCUAAAAAUUUCCUAAAUUAAAACAGCGUCGUACGUUACAAUUUUUUUUGUUACGUCCAGAAAAAUACAAAUUACAUUGCAAUUUGUCUUAAAAACUUUCGCAUAAAAAUAACGUUUACGUUUCUCUUCUGAAGUUCUUUCUCUGUGUUCAGUGAGAGAUCCCUCUUUCUUCCAAUCUGCUCAUUCGAUCUUCUCGAUCAGGUUUUCUGGCAUUUCUGCACUCAAUUCGGUCACUUUCUUUUACCCUCUUGUCAGGUCUCUCCCUUUACCUACUCAAAAUUCGCCCUUGCUUCUUGCUUCAGUGGUUGCUCUGUUUCUUGAAAUUCAAUUCGAAAUUAGGGUUUAUGGUGUGUCUUAUACGUCUGGCCUCGGAAGUGAAAUUUUACUUUCUGGGGUUCUAAAAGUUUAGAUUUUAACGCAACCCGUGGCUUCAAUUUAAUGCGGCGAUUGUAAUUUGGACCCGGGGCGAGAACAAUGAUUAUCAAGAAAAACUUGAAAUCCCAAAUGCCGAGUUUGAAACGGGUAAAACUCAGUGACCCGGUGGGUGAAGACGAUGAGUCUUCUUAUGCUCGUAAGAAGAGGAAGACCAACGGGUUCUACCCUUUGAACCUUCUUGGAGAUGUCGCUGCCGGGAUAAUCCCGGUGAGUUUACAUGGGUUGCUUAGCACCGGCAUGUCGGAGAAGGGUUUCUCUGCGUCGUGGUGCACCCAAGUUUCGUGCUCCCCCGGGGAAGUGGAAUCGAACUCGAAAAACGACGCCGUAAGAGCGAAGAAGGAACCGGUUCAACGACCACCACUGGUUCGAACUUCGAGGGGGCGAGUUCAGGUUUUACCUUCGCGCUUCAAUGACUCGGUUAUUGAUAAUUGGAGGAAAGAGAGCAAGAGUAGCAGCAUGCGUGAUUCUGAUUUUGAUGAUGAAUUUGAAUGCAAGAAGGACAAGCUCAGCUUCAAGGCACCCAAAAUUUGCAAUCAAAAGGCAAAGAAAGGGCGAAACGACGAGAAAACAGGUUCGAAGACUCGUAGGUACUCGGCAUUGUGUGGGGAUGAUGUUGGUGUGAGGUAUAAGAGUUUUGAUAGGAGCAAGUAUUCGAGUUUGCGUGGUGCAUUGGCCUUGAGGCGAGAGGUGUUGGUUGAGGAAGAUGAGAGAAGGUUUUUGGAGGUGGAAGGAGUUGAUUUGAUGGGGAAUGAGAUGGUUUUGAAGGAGAAUGUGGAGAAGAAAGAUGGUCUGUUUGGACCAGAAGAUUUUUAUGCUGGUGAUAUAGUAUGGGCCAAAGCAGGGAGAAAGGAACCUUUUUGGCCCGCCAUUGUUAUUGAUCCUAUGUCUCAGGCACCUGAGUUGGUCCUCAGGUCUUGUAUAGCUGAUGCAGCUUGUGUUAUGUUUCUUGGGUAUGCAGGGAAUGAAAAUCAAAGGGACUAUGCAUGGGUGAAGCAUGGGAUGAUUUUUCCAUUUAUGGAUUAUGUAGACAGGUUUCAGGGGCUGUCUGAAUUGAGUGACUAUAAUCCUUCUGAAUUACAAAUUGCUGUAGAGGAGGCAUUUUUGGCAGAGCAGGGUUUCACAGAGAAGUUGAUAGCAGAUAUAAAUACAGCGGCUGGUAACAAUGGUUAUGAUGACUCUAUUCUGAAAGCCUUUCAGGAGGUCAGUGGUUCAAACCAAUAUGCAGGAUAUCACUUUGUGAACCAAGAUUUAUUUGAUAAGAAAGAGACACGACCUUGUGAAGCCUGUGGAUUGAGCCUUCCUUACAAGAUGUCUAAGAAAACAAAGGAUUCGAGUCCUGGUGGCCAAUUCCUUUGUAGAACAUGUGCUAGGUUAACAAAAUCAAAACAUUAUUGCGGCAUAUGCAAGAAGGUUUGGAAUCAUUCGGAUAGUGGAAGCUGGGUCCGCUGUGAUGGAUGUAAAGUGUGGGUGCACGCAGAAUGCGACAAAAUUUCUAGCAACCUUUUCAAGAAUCUUGAAGGCACUGAUUAUUACUGCCCUACUUGCAAAGCCAAGUUUGAUUUUGAGUUAUCUGAUUCGGAAAAAUCACAGCCAAAAGUCAAGUGUAACAAAAACAAUGGGCAGCUUGUACUUCCAAAUAAGGUCACUGUUCUCUGCAAUAGUGUAGAAGGCAUAUAUUUUCCAAGCCUUCAUUUAGUUGUGUGCAAGUGUGGGUUUUGUGGAACAGAAAAGCAAGCACUUAGUGAAUGGGAACGACACACAGGUUCCAAAUUAAGGAAUUGGAGAACAAGUAUUAGGGUGAAAGACUCCAUGCUUCCGCUGGAACAAUGGAUGUUGCAGUUGGCAGAAUUCCAUGCUAGUGCUUUAGUUUCUGUCAAACCUAAAAAACCUUCUCUAAAAGAAAGAAAGCAGAAAUUGCUUACGUUUUUGCGAGAGAAGUAUGAACCUGUUCAUGCUAAGUGGACUACAGAACGCUGUGCUGUUUGUAGAUGGGUUGAAGACUGGGACUACAACAAAAUUAUCAUUUGCAACAGAUGUCAAAUAGCUGUUCAUCAAGAAUGCUACGGAGCAAGAAAUGUCCAAGACUUUACAUCUUGGGUUUGUAAGGCUUGUGAAACACCUGACAUCAAGCGGGAGUGUUGUCUUUGUCCUGUAAAAGGUGGUGCUCUAAAGCCAACCGAUGUUGACACAUUAUGGGUUCAUGUCACUUGUGCUUGGUUUCGCCCUGAAGUAUCUUUUGCUAGUGAUGAGAAGAUGGAGCCUGCUUUGGGUAUUCUAAGUAUUCCAUCAAAUUCUUUUGUGAAGAUUUGUGUUAUUUGUAAGCAAAUUCAUGGUUCAUGCACGCAAUGUUGCAAGUGUUCGACUUAUUUCCAUGCCAUGUGUGCAUCAAGGGCUGGUUAUCGAAUGGAGUUGCAUUGUUUAGAGAAAAAUGGAAGGCAGACAACAAAAAUGGUCUCUUAUUGUGCUUACCACAGGGCUCCAAAUCCAGACACUGUUUUGAUUAUGCAGACCCCUCUUGGGGUCAUUUCAACUAAAAGCCUUCUCCAAACUAAGAAAAAAACUGGUUCAAGGUUAAUCUCAUCUAACAGAAUAAAGCAAGAAGACCCUCCUAUUGAUAACACUGAGCAUGACCCGUUCUCUGCUGCUAGGUGCCGUAUCUUUCAAAGAACAAACCCUACCAAAAAGAGAGCAGCAGAUGAAGCCAUUUCUCUUCGAGUGCGGGGUCACUACCAUCAUCCUUUAGAUGCAAUACAGAGUUUAAAUACACCGAGAGUGGUACAGGAACCUCAGGCAUUUUCUUCUUUCAGAGAACGCCUUUACCACUUGCAGAGAACCGAAAAUGAACGCGUUUGCUUUGGUAGAUCGGGCAUACAUGGAUGGGGCCUGUUUGCACGUAGAAAUAUUCAAGAAGGAGAAAUGGUUCUUGAAUAUCGUGGUGAACAAGUGAGACGCAGCGUUGCAGAUCUGAGGGAGGCACGCUAUAGAGCAGAAGGGAAAGACUGCUAUCUGUUUAAGAUAAGUGAAGAAGUAGUGGUAGAUGCCACUGAUAAAGGAAAUAUAGCACGACUGAUUAAUCAUUCUUGUAUGCCAAAUUGCUAUGCAAGGAUCAUGAGUGUGGGUGAUGAGGAGAGCCGGAUUGUACUCAUUGCUAAGACCAACGUGUCUUCCGGCGAUGAACUAACGUAUUCUCUCUCCAUAUCUACAAUUUGUAUUAGCGCAUGCUUGCAUGCACGUGUGUUGACGUGUCUCUUGCAUGUGUUGUGUGCAUUUGCAUUUUCUUUUGAGUUGAUAUUGGUUGUUUUGGGCAGGUAUGACUACUUGUUUGAUCCUGAUGAGCCAGAUGAAUUCAAAGUUCCCUGCCUUUGUAAAGCUCCAAACUGCCGGAAAUUCAUGAAUUAGGAAAGAUUUAUACAAAUGAAAUGAACAUCAGAUAACAGACAAGUAUUGUUUCCUCUCCGUAAGGAGCACUAACCCCCGGGAAUCUCACAGUUACACCAAAGCUGUAAUUUUUAUCAAACCAAAAGAAAACAAAAAUAGUAGGGAGAAAAAAAAAAAGCCAUAGUUUUGUGUUUUUCUUUUACCCUUUUGAUUUCCUUUGGACAUUCGUCGAAGUCUAUUUUAGAAUUUAUAGAUUUUGUAGCUUUUGGCUCUUGGCGCUCUGUAAAUGUGUCAUCAGAUAAUAUAUUCUUAUUUUUCUUAAAUUCAAUGUUUAACCA